AUGACGCAUCGAAAGCAUGCCACCAAAGGCUCUCGGAAGAGUAGUCCGACUCGAGAGUCGCCAGCAGAUACUUCCAAUGUAGGAGCAGCCUAUGAAGAAUACUAUGCGGCCCCAACUCCUGGCCCUUGGUCGUCAUGGGUCCGCGAUGCUGAGGGCAGGGGAUUCUACUACAGAAGCCGAAUGAGCGCCACAGGAGAUAUUGAGUGGGACUUUUCGCGCUCGCCAACGUAUCGGAGUUAUAACUACAUGCAACCAUUGCCACGGAUGUCCUACUAUCAGCAACCCAUCAAGACAAGCCCGAAUGCAGCAACUGCAUUCACAUACACGUUCCGUUAUCCGUCCAACUCAGCACCGCGGGAAGACCAGCCGACAGCAGGAUCUGACUUUUCCCACGAUGCAAGCGACGAAGAGUCAUUUCCUGCCGCGAGCUCCAGUGUUUUAAUACCAGCCAUCAUCGACGUGGACACCAAGAACAAUGUCAAGGUUAUGGUUCCGGAUCCGAGAACCGGAGAAGCGAAGACAAUUUAUGACAACAGGCAUAAGCAUUCCCAUAAGAAGAAAAUGAGCCCGCAACACAAGGUUGAGAACUGGCUGCACAGAGGGUAG